CAUUCCACACCCUCCGGGAUCUCCAAUGUGAAAAGGUCUGGCCCCGGGUAGGAGGCUGCAGAUAGUCCCCGGGCCCGGGUUCUCGCUGGCCGGCUGCAGCGCGCAGGGUGCCAAGCCCUCCCCUACGAAGUCUGUUUUGUCUCAGGCUGGGCUGAGUCACAUAGAAUAGAUAGAUAGUUGAUUAGCACAUGUCCUCCAGAUCAUAUUAUCCGCCUACAAAUAUAGCCUGUUAGCGCACAGGCACGGGAGGCUUCUUCCGGCUCGGCCGUGCUGCUCAGCGGGUGUAAACAGCGUCUGUGGUGUAAACAGCCGCGGAGGGCAGGCCACGACUGUCAGUGCCCGCCCCUCGGGGCAGGUAAUUUCAUGCUCCCAAAAUGGGACAUAAAGUGGUUGUCUUCGACAUUUCUGUCAUCAGAGCCUUGUGGGAAACUCGUGUGAAGAAGCACAAAGCUUGGCAGAAGAAGGAGGCGGAAAGGCUUGAGAAGAGUGCCUUGGAGAAGAUAAAGGAGGAGUGGAACUUUGUGGCCGAAUGCAGGAGGAAGGGCAUCCCCCAGGCUGUGUACUGCAAGAAUGGCUUCAUAGACACUAGCGUGCGGCUUCUGGACAAGAUUGAAAGGAAUGCUCUCACAAGGCAGAGUUCACUUCCCAAGGACAGAGGCAAACGGAGCAGUGCGUUUGUGUUCGAACUUUCUGGGGAGCACUGGACGGAGCUCCCAGAUUCAUUGAAGGAGCAGACACACCUGAAAGAAUGGCACAUAAGCAAUACCCUGAUUCAAAUCAUUCCUACAUAUAUUGAGUUAUUUCAAGCGAUGAGAAUUCUGGAUCUGCCGAAAAACCAAAUCUCACAUCUUCCAGCAGAAAUCGGUUGUUUAAAGAACCUGAAAGAACUCAAUGUGAGUUUCAACCAUCUGAAGAGCAUUCCUCCAGAAUUGGGAGAUUGUGAAAAUCUAGACAGAUUGGAUUGUUCUGGAAAUCUAGAAUUAAUGGAGCUGCCCUUUGAAUUAAGUAAUUUGAAGCAAGUUACAUUUGUAGAUAUCUCAGCAAACAAGUUUUCCAGUGUCCCGAUCUGUGUCCUGCGGAUGUCGAAUUUGCAGUGGUUGGAUAUCAGCAACAAUAACCUGAUCGACCUGCCUCAAGAUAUAGACAGGCUAGAAGAGCUGCAGAGCUUUCUCUUGUAUAAAAACAAGUUGACCUACCUUCCCUACUCCAUGCUGAACCUGAAGAAGCUCACUCUGUUAGUCGUCAGUGGGGACCAUUUGGUGGAGCUCCCAACUGCCCUUUGUGACUCGUCCACACCUUUAAAAUUUGUAAGCCUUAUGGACAAUCCUAUUGAUAAUGCCCGAUGUGAAGAUGGCGAUGAAAUAAUGGAAAGUGAACGGGAUCGCCAACAUUUUGAUAAAGAAGUUAUGAAAGCCUAUAUUGAAGACCUUAAAGAAAGAGAAUCUGUUCCCAGCUAUACCACCAAAGUGUCUUUUAGCCUUCAACUUUGAUAUCUAUCAGAAGACUGCAAAUCUCACUAUUCUCUGGAGCUAUAUAUAAAUCUUUGUUAUGAUCAUGUCAUAUAGGAAGAAUGGCUUGUGCUUAAGGACAAAGCCUAGAAACCACUGUCAUAGUUGCUAAGAAAAAUGGUUUUCAAAUGUCAAAUACAUGAAUAUCUCCCUCCAUGGAUUGGUGAAUUGAAAAAUUGGUUUAUCUAUUGAUAUUUCCAGGUUCAUUUGCAUACACUUGUUUCCAAAUAAUGCACAUUUAAUAUGUUUUAAAAUGUCUUAUUUUUAAGAAUUAUAACUAAAAGACCAAAUAC